CAAUGAUUGAACAUUCCACUCUUUCCAGGCUCUCCCUCCCUUCAAACUGACACGCACAACGCACACUAACAAGUCUCCGUAACGAUUACGCCCACUUUCUCCCCUUUUUUCUUUUAAUUUCUUUCAUCUAACCCACAAAAAUUACAUAUUUCGUUCACCUGAAGCGGGAAUUCCAUCAAUAAAGCAGAAGGGUUUCCUCUUCGCCAUUAGGGUUCCGUUUGAUUUCCUGGCAUAAGAAAAUUUGAAAUUCCGAUAAAGAAUAGAAUUUUCCGGUAAAUGUUUACUCCUCAGAAGAAUCCGUGGCCGGCGUUAUCAAUAACGCCUCGGAGCGAGGCCUUGGGGUCCGCGAGGAGCGGUGGGGGUCCAAGGACGACGGCAUCAAACCCUAGAAAUUUGGGGAAGGGCAAGGCGGUGAUGUAUAUUGACGGUCCGGCGGAGCCGCCUCCGCCACCGCCGCUGGGUCUGCUGAGUGACAAUGGGGGCCGGGAGGUGGGUGAGUUGGAGAAUAUGGAUGAUUGGAGGAGGUUUAGGGAAGUAGGGUUGUUGGAUGAGGCUACAAUGGGGAGGCGUGAUAAGGAAGCUUUGCUUGAGAAAAUUGCCAGGCUUGAACGUGAGCUGCUUGACUAUCAACACUAUAUGGGACUACUUUUGAUUGAGAAAAAGGAAUGGACCUCAAAGUUUGAAGAACUUAGAGAAUCUAUUGCAGAAGGCCAGGAACUACUCAAACGUGAGCAGGCAUCUCAUUCAAUUGCUCUAGCUGAAGUGGAGAAACGGGAGGAAAAUCUGAGAAAAGCAUUAAAUGUUGAGAGGCAAUGUGUGGCUGAUCUUGAGAAGGCUUUACGUGAAACACGUGUAGAGUGUGAACAGGUCAAGCUUACUUCUGAGACUAAGUUGGCCGAUGCUAAGGCUUUGGUAUCUGGAGCACAGGAUAGCUCGUUUGAAGUCCAAGAGAAGUUGAGUGCUGCCGAUGCAAAGCUUGCUGAGGCAAGUAGAAAGACUUUGGAGCUGGAUUGGAAAUUACUGGAGAUUGAAGCUCGUGAAAGUGUGCUUAGGAGAGAACGCAUGUCUUUAAAGGCAGAGCAGGAAGCACAUGAAGCUUCAUUUUCCAAGCAUAGGGAAGAUAUAAGGGAGUGGGAAAAGAAAUUGCAAGAAGGGGAAGAGAAAUUGUGCGAGGCUCGGAGAAUUAUUAAUGAAAGAGAAGAAAAGGCGAAUGGAAUGGACAAGGUUCUAAAGCAGAGUGAAAAGAUGCUUGAAGAAAAAAUGGAGAAGAUUAAUUUAGCUAAUUUGGUUCUGAAGGAGAAAGAACAUGAUAUAGAAGUUAGGCUGGAAAGCUUAGCUGUGAAGGAGGAGAAAGCUGAGUAUUUAAGGAGGCAACUAGAGGAAAAAGAGAAGGAGUUGAGUACUUUAACAGAGAAACUUAGUGCCAGAGAAAGAGUGGAAAUUCAGAAGCUUCUUGAUGAGCAACGCAUUGCUCUGGAUCUGAAGAACCAACAGUUCGAGUCUGAAUUGGAGGGGAAGAGAAGACUACUUGAUGAGGAAAUGAGGAAAAAGUCUGAUGAUUUGGAUGAGAAGGAAGCUGAAAUCACCCACAUGGAGGAAAAGCUGAGGAAAAGGGAGCAAGGAUUAGAAAAUAAAUCAGACAGAGUAAAGGAGAAAGAGAAGGAUGUUGAAGCAAAGUUGAAACUUUUGAAAGAGAAGGAGAAAAAUAUGAAGAAGGAGGAGAAAAAUUUGGAUUUAGUAAAGGAAGAAAUAAUUUCUGAGAAGGAAAGUUUGCUAGUUCUUAAAGAUGAGCUUAAAAAGAUGGAGGUUGAAAUUAGUCAAAAGCAACUAGAUAUUCAUGUUGAGAGUGAAAGGCUUAAAGUUAUUGAUGCCGAGAGGAGAGAGUAUGCUCGAUUGCAAACAGAGUUGAAAGAAGAAAUAGAGAAGUGCAGACUUAAGAAAGAAUUGCUUUUGAAAGAGGGGGAGGAUCUGAAACAGGAUAGAAAGAAAUUUGAGGAAGGUUGGGAGGCUUUGGAUGAAAAGAGAGCGGCUGUUACUGCUGAAUUGCAACAACUCACGGAAGAGAAACAGAUGUUUGAGAAGUUGCAGCACUCUGAAGAGGAUCGGUUGCGAAAUGAAAGGAUCGCCAAUGAGGACUACAUCAGGAGAGAAUUAGAGGUUAUCAAACUGGAGAAGGAAUCGUUUGCUGCUAACAUGAGAUAUGAGGAAUCUGUUUUAUCUGACAAAUAUCGAAAUGAACGUGACCAAUUGCAGCGUGAUUUUGAGGCUCAGAGAAUGAAUCUUGAGACUGAUAUGCUGAAAAAGCAGGAGGAAAUGGAGAAAAGUCUGCAGGAAAAGCGGAGAGAAUUUGAGUUGGAGAGAGAGACAGAACUUAGUAACAUCAAUUAUCAGAAGGAAGAAGUAAAGAAGGAAUUAGAAUAUUUGAGCUCUGAAAGAUUUAGCUUUGAGAGGGAAAAACAGGAUAUUGUCUCGAAUAGGGAACAGCUAAAGAAGCAACAGCUUGAAAUGCAGAAGGACAUUGAUGAGCUUGUCAUGCUGAGCGAGAAGCUAAAGGAUCAGAGGGGAAGAUUUGUACAGCAGAGGAGCCAAUUUCUUGCAUUUGUUGAGAGGCUCAAAAAUUGCAAAAGCUGUGGUGAUUCUGUUAGAGAUUAUGUACUUUCUGAUUUGGCUGAAAUUGAGCAUAAUGAGGCUUCUGCUCCUCCAAUGGAAGAUGAACUUUUGGAGAAGGUUUCUUCUUAUGGAACAAAAGUUGGAAGAUCUCCAACUGAGACUGAUUUGAAGUCUUCAGGAUCUGGUGGCCGUGUAUCUUGGCUCCAAAAGUGCACCUCAAGACUUUUUAACUUGUCCCCUAAAACGAUAAAGCAUUUGGGACCACAAAAUUUGGAGCAAACGGUCUUUGAUAGGCCGUUGUUUGUAGAUGGAAAAACUGAAGGAUCUAGUAUGGAUUUUAUUGCAAAAACUGCUGCACCUAGUACUUUUGAAGGAGCAGAUCAAUCUCUUGAAGUUGCUGCAUCAGGUGAUAACCUGAGUAAUGUGGAGGGUAGGAUACAGCAAGUUACCGAAGAUUCCCAGCAUACUGAGCGGAGAAGUGGUCAACAGAGACCUGAGAAAAAAACUAGGGGUCGACCUCGUAGAACACAUUCUGUGAAGGCAGUUGUAGAAGAUGCUGCUGUUAUUUUGGGGAACAUGCCUAAUGGACCUAUAAUCCAUGAGGAGCAACAGAAGAAUGCUAUCAAUGAUGAGAGUAGAGCAGAAUUAAGCCUUGCUGAUAAAACUGCCAGGAAGAGGACACGAGCUCAAAGUUCUAUUAUGACUGGGGGUGAGCUCGAGGCAGAUGGGAGUGAAGGACAUUCUGAAAGCGUCACAGCCGGUGGCCGCAGGAAAAGGAGGCAAACUGUUACUCCUUUACAAAACCCAGGGGAGAAGCGUUACAAUCUUAGACGGCAUAAGACCGUAGGAACUGCUACAGCUUCACAAGCUUCAGUAGACAGCAGGAAGAGGGUUGAAGCAGCAGAAGGCGGUGGUGAUGGAACUUUUGAAGCAGUAAAUGCUGAAGUUACUUCUGGACCAGUAGUUGAAAUCGCCAGUGACAAGCACAAUCCAAUUCCCUUAGUGCAGGUUACAUCUUACAAACGUGACGAAACUAGGGCUACAUCUGAUCAAGCUUUUCAGUUUAGAAGACCUGGGAGUAACUUGGAUGGUGAUGCUGAUGCAGCAGAAAUUGAAGUUGUAGAUUUUAGUGAGGUUAAUGGUACACGAGAGUAUAAUGGUGAAGAUGAGCAUGGGAGCACCUUGUAUAGUGAUGCUGGAGAUGACAACGACGACGAUGACGGAGAUGACUCCGAGCAUCCUGGUGAGACGUCAGUGAGUAGAAAGAUCUGGAACUUCUUCACAUCCUAAUAAAUUCCACUUCUGAGGGAGCCUUGGUUGUGUUCGGGUGGAAUGUUUCUUUUUUCAUUAGUAUAUCAAAGCCAAAGGAGGUUCAUUCUCCAGCAGUGUUGGUCGAUUUUGAUCAUUAGUGCUUUAUAGCUUUUAGGUUUAGAUCAGGUUGUUAGGUCCGCUGCCAUAUAUUACUGCAGAUGGUAGUUUAUCCCCCUUUUUCUAUUUUUACCAGCUUCUGUGCAUUUUCGUGACUCUCAUUCAUUUGUAGACCCUGAGCAGUUACAAAGAAGUUAUUGUCCAAUGUAAUCUGGGUUCUUGGGCCCGUUUGCAAUCGAACUAAUAUCAUAAGACUGUCGUCUUUGUUAUGCUGAUU